AUGGCACAGUGCGGAGCCUGCCAAGCCGUGUCGACGACACCUGCUGAAACAGACCGGAACACAGCCGUCAAGCGUCUGACGGUCCCGGAGAUUGCCGGACGCAAGGGAACGACUCCCCUCGUUUGCCUGACCGCCUAUAGCGCGCCCAUGGCGCGUUUGCUCGACGCCUACGUCGAUGUGCUUCUGGUCGGCGACUCCCUAGGAAUGGUGCUCUACGGCGCGGACUCGACGCUUGCUGUCACGCUGGAGACGAUGAUUGCCCACGGGCGUGCCGUCGCUCGCGCAAGCCGGCGCGCCUGCGUUGUCGUGGAUCUUCCCUUCGCCAGCUACCAGGAAAGCCCGCAGCAGGCCUUCCGCAACGCCGCCCGUGUUCUUGCGGAGGCCGGUGCGGCCGCCGUCAAGCUGGAAGGCGGAGAGGAAAUGGCUGAAACCGUCGCCUUCCUGGUUAGGCGCGGUGUGCCGGUGAUGGGGCACGUCGGCCUCACGCCGCAGGCGGUCAAUACGCUCGGCGGGUUUCGAGCGCGUGGACGCGACGCGUCGGAGGCCGAGAAGGUGCUUGCGGAUGCACGCGCGGUCGCCGAAGCCGGCGCCUUUUCUCUGGUGAUCGAAGGGACCUUGGAGAAGGUGGCGCAGGAGGUCACCCAAGCCGUCUCGAUCCCCACCAUCGGCAUCGGAGCCGCGGCGGAGUGCGAUGGCCAGAUCCUGGUGACGGAAGACCUGCUCGGCCUGUCGGGGGCCCGGGUUCCCCGCUUCGUCAAGCGCUACGCCGACCUCGCGCCCCUUGUCGAGGAGGCCGUGGAGCGCUAUGCCGGCGACGUGCGCAGCCGCGCCUUCCCCGGGCCGGAUCAGCUUUACCGGAAACGCGAGCUGCGCUCGGCGACGCGCCCUUGGCGCCGCGUUGGCGAGAGCAUCGGCCUGGUUCCGACGAUGGGCGCCCUGCAUGCUGGUCACCUGGCGCUGCUACACCGGGCGAUCGCUGACUGUGAUCACGCCGUGGCGACGAUCUUCGUGAAUCCCAAACAGUUCGACCGCAAGGAAGACCUCAGCCGCUAUCCACGCGACGAGGGGCGCGAUGCCAAACUGUUGGCGGAGCAUCGCUGCGACCUGCUUUUCGCACCUCAGGUCGAAGACAUGUACCCGCCGGGGUUUGCGUCGACCGUCGCGGUCACAGGGGUGAGCGACGUUCUGGAGGGGCUCUACCGCCCCGGCCAUUUCAACGGAGUGACGACGGUCGUCUGCAAGCUUCUUCUGCAGUCGCUGCCCGACCGAGCCUACUUUGGGGAAAAGGACUACCAACAGCUUACGGUCGUGAGGCAGAUGGUUCGCGAUCUGGACAUACCUGUCGAGAUCGUGCCGGUGGAGACCGUACGUGAGCCGGACGGUCUCGCCCUUUCCUCCCGCAACGUCAACCUGACGCCGUCGCAGCGGGCGGUGGCGCCCCUGCUCCAUCGCGUGAUGACCGAAAUCGCCGAGGAGCUCGCAGACGGCCAGACGCCGGCGGCCUUGCUGUUACCUGAAGGACAGCAACGUCUCGGCUCCGCCGGCUUCACCAAGAUCGACUAUCUGGCUCUCCAUGCCGCCGACGAUCUGACCUCGCUGCGGCAGGUGGAUCGGCCUGCGCGCCUGUUUGCUGCUGCCUGGCUUGGCAAGACACGCCUGAUCGAUAACAUCGCCGUCGAGCGGCGCUAG